AUGGGUUGCUGUCUUUCCCGAGAGGGCGAAUCGGGCUCGCCCUACACAACUGGCGGCGGCGCAUCUAGUUCCGCGCGAGCAAUCAAUGAACAGCCCCAAACAACCCGAGCUCACGUCCACGGUGGACAUGAUGGGCACGCCUCUGGAUCGCGCCGGCGGCAUAGACACAGUCAGCAGCCUCUCGACCAACAUAUCAACAAGCCUUUACGACUGCACGAGUGGACCAGCUACAAUCGGACGUGGACCUCCAGGGAGCUGCGACAGGAGAGGAUAGAGUUCUUCGAUACUCGGGUGACUGGGCGACAGGAAAUCUGGCAAACGCUACACGCUGUGCUGGAGGUUUUGUGGACAUCCGCAGAGGCUGUGCGCAAUGGGCAGGUUGGGAGGAGAAGUGAAGAUGAUGGGCCUAGCGAAGAGGACCCGGCGAUAGCACUGGCGACAGCCCAGAGCAUUCUCGAUGCUGCCGACAUCACACUGCCGACAGGAGACUUGUACAAUGGGGCCUACGAUGCGUUUGGAAACUACUACCAACUACCACAUCACAUCGUGACGGAUCCGACGAAUUUGGAAUGGCGGCCAGGCUGGGAACAUGAGGAUUUGGAUGACACCAAGGCAGACUUGACUGCCGGGGAGGAGACCACCGAGGAACGGGACGACAUCGAAGACGAGGCCGAGAGGAGGCGUGAGGAAAAGGGCAAGGGGGUGGUUGAUGUUAAGGAUCUCAUCGCCAUCAGAGCCAGGCUCAGUGAUGGAUCGAAAGAUGUCAACGUCUCAGUUGGCAAGGGAGACUCUGUCAGAAGUCUGGCUAGACAGAUCGCAGAGGAUGCAAAUCUACCUCCCAGCAAGAAGAUUCGCAUCGCCUACAUGGGCAGGGUUCUGAAGGAGAGUACGCCUCUGCUCGAGCAGGGCUACAAGCAGGGUCAUGUUGUCAAUGCUUUAGUGUUCAACCGGUAG